AUCAGUUGAACUCCAAUACAGCUAGUCCUGGACAUUCCGUACUGCUUGUAGUUUUCUACUACACGAAAAAGGAUCUCAUAAAAGAUGGGCGUGUUCUGGAAAUUGGUUGGGCGGGAUGUUUAAUCACGUCCUCCUGGCUUUUAUAGAAUUUUUGUUUCCAACAUCUGGCGUUUUCUUUGCCCUGUUUGAUAACCAUUUAUUGCAGAAACUUGAAAGUUGCAGGGUCCUGAGUUCAACUGAUUUGCAUGAAAGAUGAAAAUAUUAAACAAAGUGAUUGGCUCUGCUCAGUAUUUUGAUGCUUUUAAUAAAAAUUAAGUUGUGUAAUUGUAUCCUAUUAAUGUGCUUUGAUGCGUUUUUAGUAUUUGGGUGAUCUUAGAUGAUAAUAGAUCAUGGUUGCCAUGCUUGCAAAUGGGAAUCGGGGAAUCGCCAAAGUGCCAGGGAAGAAACAUUCAAUACAUUUGCAUCAAACCUUAAUCCAAGGACUAUAGUGCAUAAGUGGUGCGUUUUUUUGUACCUGGACCAUCUAGAUGCCCCUUGGGAUGAUGUUUACAAAGCUGAGCUACUUGAAGGAAAAAAUGAUACUUCUAUUCAAGAGCUCGUGAUUGGAGGAGAAGUUUGCAUGUGGGCAGAGACAGCUGAUGCUUCAGUUGUUCACCGAACAAUAUGGCCUCGAGCAGCAGCAGGUUCCUGAGCAUGUCAAUCUGAAGCCAAUAAGCUCCCUCGGAUUCCUAUACAUCUUCAACAGUGAUUGGUUUUCCUGCAAAUAUUGCCUACACUGUGCUUGGCUUUUUACAGGGACAGCACGUCCCUUCUGCAACCGGCUUUUCAGAAUUAUGGGUCUGUCAUACGCAAUUGAUUUCUUUAUUCCUGGAUCAAGUUUUCAUAUGAAUGGAAAAUAUUUUUCUUAUGAUUCCCGCAUACAAAGCUUUCAGAAAUUUCAGUUGUCUAGAACUAGGUCUGAGCGACAGCAAGUAAAGUCUUUCUGUCAUUGUCAGCAAAAGAGAAAAAUGAAGAGAAACUUUGAAAAUAAUUACUAUCAAAUAGGAUGGUCAAUUGAAUUAUUAGCUAACUGGUCAAAUGCUCCAUAAAAAUUGAAAAAUAGCAACAACUCCUUUGAAAAAAAUGAACGGUCUCCGUUAUUCAACGUGGUAUUGAUUCUUAGUUUGAAAUCCACACGUUGGCA